GUCUAGAAGCAGUGAAGCUUCUAUUUUCUAAUCCUAUCCAUCAAUACUAAUACUAUCAAGUAUCAACCAUCACAACUGUUUAGUUAGUUUCAAAAGAAUGGAAGUGGCGAUGUCACUGAACGCGCUCGUACGGCUUCCUCCGUCGAGUUCAGCUUCAAGGCUCAACCUCCACGACGAAGCUUCAGCUUCACCAAUUAGGCACUCUCUUUUUACUUCCCGAAAUACCCCCAAGCCUCCUCAACGACGCAGCGCAUUCUUCGUUGUUGAAGCCAAGGGUAAAAAGGGAAUGAUGGCUCGCCAGUAUCAGCGAACCCCUCCUCCUCCCUUGCCCAAGCUCGAGGACGAUGGAAACCCCAAAUUCGUUAUCUUCAUUCGCAUGGCUGACCUGUACAUAUGGUACCCUCUCAGCAUAGUAACGGGUGGCACCACUGCCAAAAUCAUGGUUGCAGCAAAGGAUAAUUUUCUUGGCAAGUAUAUAUACAAAGAUACACUUGAUAGAAAUCUUGCAGCAGUUAUUUACAAAGAUGAGAAGGAGAUACAGAAAACUGCAUUCAAGCAGCAUGCUGUGCUGCGGGACGCCACUGAUUUCAGAUACGGCUACAAACUUGUUGAGAAUAACAAUAUAAGAGCUGCACUUUCUACGUCGGAUGUUGUUGAGCUUCCAACACCGGAUAAGCUAAAAACCGUACUUGAUAAAGUGAAAGACUUCUUUGGAGAUGCAAAGGAGUCCUUUGGUACCCAAAGGGGAAAUAGAGUAUAUUUUAUACCAUGCUCAAUGAAGGGGAUCCUUGGAGCAACGACUGAGUUGUCUCCGUGUGACUUCAAGAUCACGGGUUCAAACCGUGGAAUCGGCCACUGA